GCUCAUUCAUUCCCCCUUAACCUUAGCCUUAGCCUUAGUCCUCCCACAAUGAAGUUCCUCAGCUGGAUGCAAAAUAAAUUGGGUGGAAAACAAGACAACAGAAAACCAAAUACACAUUCAACUACUACUACAUAUCAUGCAAAACAAGAGCCUCGAGAAGAAUUCAGCGAUUGGCCUCAUGGUUUACUAGCAAUAGGAACAUUUGGAAAUAACAGUGAAAUCAAAGAAAACUUGGAUGACCAAAACACACAAGAGGAUCUAUCUUCAUCAGAGGAAAUAGCAGACUUCACUCCUGAAGAAAUUGGGAACCUGCAGAAGGAGUUAACUAAACUUCUUAGACGAAAACCGAAUGUGGAAAAGGAAAUUUCUGAGCUUCCUCUGGACAGGUUUCUUAACUGCCCUUCAAGCUUGGAGGUUGAUAGGAGAAUCAGCAAUGCUCUAUGCAGUGAAUCAGAAGAUAAAGAAGAAGAUAUUGAGAAGACACUCAGUGUCAUACUUGAUAAAUGCAAAGACAUUUGUGCAGAUAACAGAAAGAAAGCCAUUGGAAAGAAAUCUAUUUCUUUCCUACUGAAGAAGAUAUUUGUUUGUAGGAGUGGAUUUGCUCCUGCACCUAGCCUUAUAGAUACCCUUCAAGAAUCAAGAAUGGAGAAGCUGUUGAGGACAAUGCUUCACAAGAAAAUUUACACCCAAAAUUCUUCUCGGGCAUCAUUGAUGAAGAAGUGCUUAGAGGACAAGAAGAGUACAAGGAACAGGAGUGAAGAUGAAUCAGAUGAGAGAAGUGGUGAUGGCUGCAAAUGGGUCAAGACUGAUUCUGAAUAUAUUGUUCUAGAGAUAUAAACUUGCCUCUUAUUUUUAUCAGCUCUAUUAGUAGCAGUUGAGACUGAAGCAAGAAGUUGAAGACAUAUGUACAUGAUGAUGAAGGGUAGAGACUAGGAAGUGGAGCUCUCUAAAAUUUUUUAAAUGAAGUUUAUCUGUGAUAUGUACCAAGAAAUGAGUGGUGCAUAGUGCAGAGGCAGUUAUUUUUUCAUGGUUGUGUCUGCGAACGUGGAACAACUCAUGUUGUGGAAAAUCAUAGAAUGGAUUUGUGAUCUGUAAUGUCAAAGCUAGACAUUUUGUACGCUGUACACACUUCUCAUCCCUUUUUUUACUCCACUUUGUCACCUAUUCUCUUUGUAACA